AUGAGCCAAACUCAUCCAAUCCAAGUCGGAAAUAUUAAGAAAGGAUCACAUGUAAUAAUUCAAGGAUUUCCUUGCAAAGUUAUCGAUUUUGCCUGCUCCAAGCCAGGUAAACAUGGUAGCUCAAAGAUGCACUUGACAGCAUCUGAUAUCUUCACUGGAAGAAAGUAUGAAGCCAUUCAUCCAACUGAUUUGACCAUCUAUGCUCCAUUCGUUACCAAGAAGGAGUAUGAAUUCAUUGAUUUCAAUGAGGAGGACGGUUACUUGAAUUUGAUGAAUGAUGAAGGUCAAGAAAAGACUGAUUUGCAAAUCAAGGACAAGAACUUGUUGAAAAAGUUUAAAGCAGCUAUGGAAGGUGGUGAUGCAAAGACAUUCACUGUUUAUACCAUCUCUGCUAUGGGUGUUGAACAUGUUUAUGAUAUCAAGGAAAAUUAA